GGGAAAUCAUAGCCGGGACUACGAUAUGACUAAAGUUGGGUUCCCCCGAAUUCGCGUCUUGGCUUUGCUUUUUAUUGCGCUGUCGCUAGGUCUGGUGGGCACACUACUCGUGACCCGUGAUGACGCGCGUCUCGAGCCUUUGCCAUUAGCACACGGGCGGCCAGAUCCCAAUGCUAGGCCCGCCAUCAAGACGGCAUCACCCCGCGAGACAAAUAUUAAAGAAUGGAGCUUUGCGCCACCGCGGGUUCCCUGUGUUGGCCCAAGGGGAUUAGUCCUGGGCUCAGAGGAGAACGAUGACAAUCUGCGUGAGAGCAUCAUCGAUAUCUCGUAUCCGCGCCCAUUUGUGGGCUCCCACGAAACUCUGGGCCUGGGUCAGACCUGGAUGACAGCUGCGGAACGCUAUGGACCGUACGGCUGGGAGGAGGAGAAGCCGUCUUACGACAGGAUUAAAGUGGCUUGGAACUCGACAGAUUGGGCAGCCUUGCAAAACCAAUGCCUGGAGCGAAACGCCCGGAGAUUCAAGGACACAACGCCAAUACGUCCGACUGAGAGACGCUUCCGUAUGCGCAAGCCGGGCGAGGAGGUGAGGCUGCCGGCUAUCCAUCCGCAAGCGGCUGAGCACGUGCCCCGAACUGCCAUCGUCUUCCGCGCUUUUGAAGGCUACAACUAUACCAAGGAGGACUUGGUGAAUCUUCGCGCGACCAUCGCAGAGACAGCUCUGCGGUAUGGUGGCGAGUACACCGCCUUCAUACUCGUCGACGUCAAGAACAAGGAGCGGAAUAUCUUCUCCAGCGAAGAAAACUACCAGCGGGCUGUCAGGGAGCUGGUGCCCCCGGAAUUCCAAGGCAUGGCAGUCCUGUUCGACGAGACUCUGCUGCAAAGUUGGUAUCCAAGAAUCAAGUCGCACAUCACCACGUACCAAGUAAUGCAGCCCCUCCAGCUCUUCGGAUUGUUCUACCCGGAAUUCGACCACUACUGGCAGCUAGAGCUAGACGUUCGAUUCACGGGGCAUGCAGGACGCUAUCUCGCGGCCAUGUCGGAUUUUGCGCGCGCGCAGCCUCGCAAGCAGUCGAUAGAGCGGAGCACUUGGUUCUACAUGCCCACGUUCCACGGCAACUACUCGGACCUGCUCGCGGCUGUCAACGCGACCCUUGAGGGCGGAGGUGGCCUGGGGUGGGACAUGAGAAUCCAAGAUUUUGAGCCCAUCGGACCGCGGCCGCCCGUCGACGACCCCCGGGACGACAACUUCGAGUGGGGCGUCGGCGAAGAGGCCGAUUUCAUCGCCGUCGGCCCCUGUACGCACGUCCAGUAUAUGGUUGACUGGGCGUGGAGGCAUUGGUACCAAGGGCUCAGAGCCGGCACAGGAACGCCGCGCUGGAUGUGCCAGCCAGCCAUGGGCCGCGCCAGUAGGACGCUGCUGCUCGCCGCGCACCACGCCCAAGCCGUCCAAGGUCUCGCGGUGCAUUCCGAGGUUACUCUCCCGUCCUUUGCGCUCUGGCACGGCCUCAAGCUCGUUGCGCCGCCGCAUCCGGUCUACCGGGAUCCGCAGUGGCCUCUCGACAAGAUGAACGAGAUGUACAACGGGCCUGGCGACGUCGAAUCCCACAAAAAGCCGGGCAUGGUCGGCAUGGCCAGAGGCGAGGCAAUCUACCGAAUCACGCCGCACGCCUACAUCACCACGUCUGCGUCCUUCUGGUAUUCGUCUGCUUUCCCGGACAAGAUCUACGACGCGUGGCUUUCCCGCGGGUUCCGGGGCGGAAACGAUAGCGAUGACCUGCCGUAUCUGCUCUGGAGGAGCGAGGAUGGGAAGAUCUAUGCUCCCAACAUGAUGCUCCAUCCCGUGAAAACGAAUGAAAACCUGAUAGACCUCCCGGCCGGACCGGGCCCGGUUGCGUAUGCAGCUAUGGGCGGCGUGGUCGUCUUCAUUUUGUGCCUUGCCGCGGCCGGCCUCCGGUGGUGGAGGUUAAGGAGAGGCGGCCUAUUAUACACUCCAUUGAGAAGGUAAAUCGGGUGGUUUAACGUCAUGAAGCCAUUGGAGGUGUAUUAAUUAUGUAACGGCUGAGCAAGUACCUAAUUAUUAAUAAUAAUACGGAUUGAUCUUCCA